CGAAGUGCGUGAAGCCUGCCUGUGCUCCGAGGGAAGGGGGGAAACAGACAGGAAAAGUAACAUACUAUGAAGAUACGUUAUGAGGAUUUAAGAUGAAGAGGGCUAAAGCCUCCCCAAAAAAAGGUCUCCGGAUCCAAAUGUCAAAUCCGAGGGAGGCUUCUUCUGUCAGGGAUCAGCAGUCUGUGACAAGUGUGUAAGAGAGGAGUCCUGCAUGACAAACCAGCUGAGCGCUCCCCACAUCACUCUGUACCACAUGAUUUUAAAUUGGUCCUCACAGGACUGAAAGCAAAAUGUGAUGACCUCAGUUUCCAUCUCCUCUCUGAGCAUGGAUAGAUGCAAGCAAAGGACCCAUGUGAGCUAAUGAGCCUAUUGCUCUUGCGUUUGGAUCUUAGGAUAGGCAAUUAUAGCAGGAUUAUGCCCUGCACUUCGUCGACCUAGUGUACGCACCAAUAAAGUAAGCACCAAAAGCUUUUAAAUAAAUCCUUUUCGGUGGAUUUUAUUGCAUUUCCUUUUUUUCCAUUGUUUGUAUGUCAGAGUUACCAGGACCCUCCUACCUUGCAUAAUGGAGUUACAGGCACGAGUGUGGAAUAAAGACUGGGCAACUUUUGUCAGAUCUUGGAUAGCCAUACUGUUGGGACUACAUGUGCAGUUCUACCAGGCUACAUCCUGUCCAGAGGAGUGUCGCUGUGACAAAACCUUUGUUUACUGUAACGAACGGAGUCUAACAUCAGUGCCUCUUGGAAUACAGGAGGGUUAUAAGACUCUCUACCUCCACAACAACCAAAUCAACAAUGCUGGAUUUCCUGUAGAGCUGCACAACGUCGCCUCUGUCGAAACAGUUUAUCUGUAUGGCAACCAGCUGGAUGAAUUUCCCCUAAAUUUACCCAAAAAUGUCCGGGUACUCCACCUUCAGGAGAAUAAUAUCCAAACAAUCUCCAGAGCAGCCCUGGCUCAGCUCUCCAAGCUGGAGGAGCUGCACCUGGAUGACAAUUCCAUAUCCACUGUAGGGGUGGAGGAGGCCGCCUUUCGGGAAGCUGUCAGCCUUAAGCUCUUGUUUUUGACUAAGAACCACCUGAGCAGUGUUCCGAUUGGUCUGCCAAUGGACCUGAAGGAGUUGCGGCUGGACGAGAACCGCAUUGCAGUCAUCGCGGAAGAAGCGUUUAAGAAUGUCACGGAACUGGAGCGCCUCAUCCUGGAUGGAAACCUGCUCACCAAUGAAGGGAUUGCCUCAGGCACCUUCCAGGAUUUAGUUAAUCUCAGAGAGCUGUCCAUGGCCCGCAACUCCCUCACCGUCCCUCCCCCGAACCUCCCGGCCGAGUUUUUAGUCAAACUCAACUUGCAGGAUAAUCAAAUGAAUGAGAUCCCUGUGACAUCCUUCUCCAACCUCCGCCAGCUCGAGAAACUGGAUAUUUCAAACAACCAGCUGCAGUCUCUGACAGAGGGAGUCUUUGAUGGCCUUUUCAGCCUGAGACAGCUCACUGUUCGCAACAACUUGUGGCACUGUGACUGCAACAUUAAAUGGGUCAUCGUGUGGUUAAACUCUCUGCCAGGGACUCUCAACGUCCGCGGAUUUAUGUGCCAAAAGCCUGAGAGGGUACGCGGCAUGGUAAUCAGAGAGCUCAACAUGGACCUGAUCCAGUGCCCGAGCAGCACGGCGCCUGUGCCACAUUUCACACACCUGCCCACCCGCCUUCCCCUCAUCACCUCCACCAAACCUGCCUCGGUUACAUCCUUCUCACAUCCAUCCAAUCUACCUUCGCCCACACCAUCCUCCCAUCCCAUCGUUCCCCUGCCGACGUUAGACGGAGAUGGCGAACACAGGACUAAACUUUCCGACCCCCCCCACCGUGAACCUCUUCAGAUUUCCUUUCACAUUGUGAAUGACACUUGUGUUCAGGUAAGCUGGAUGUCUGUCUUUUCUGUCAUGGCCUUUAAGGUGUCUUGGGUAAAGAUGGAUCACAGCCUGACAGGUGACACUGUGCAAGAGAGACUGGUGAGCGGUGAGCAUCAGAGGCUAAGCCUAGGCAAUCUGGAGCCUCAGUCCACAUAUCGCAUUUGUGUAGUCCCAUUAGAUGCUUUCAAUAACUACCAUUCUGCAGACGAUGCAAUUUGUUCAGAGGCGACGACUAAGUCUGCUUCUUUUGACUCCAAUAACAAGGCCACUGGCCCAGAGCAAGCCACCCAGCAGGACCCAAGCUCUCCAUUUUUGCUGGCUGGAUUGAUAGGCGGAGCAGUGAUUGUUGUCCUGGUGGUGCUGUUGAGUGUAUUUUGCUGGCAUAUGCACAAGAAAGGAAGGUCCUCUUCAUCAAAGUGGAAAUAUAACCGAGGGAGAAGAAAAGAUGAUUACUGUGAAGCAGGGACAAAGAAGGAUAACUCUAUCCUCGAAAUGACUGAAACCAGCUUUCAGAUAGUCUCCUUAAAUAAUGAACAGCUCCUCAAAGGAGAUUUCCGAAUACAACCCAUUUACACCCCAAACGGGGGCAUCGGCUUCAGAGACUGUCAGUUCGGGAACAACAGCAUAGCAUACUGCAAGAACAAUGUUCCAGACACAGAUUUCUGCCAUACAUGA